AUGAAUACUCCAAAUAAUGUAACCUCUGGCCUCUAUUGCGAAAUAGACAGAUUCAGAUGCUUACAAUGCGGGCACGAUGAUUAUCGCCACAGAUACCGAUGUGAGAGACAUCUAGUUGAGGAUGCUUACUGUAGAGAGGCGAUACCCAUGAUCACGCCAGAUAGAAAUGUGUUUUGUAGAGAUUGCGCAGAAGAUGAUGAUCUAGAAGCUAGUAACCAAGGACAUAUGUCACCGAAAAUGCCAGUGACUCAGCAUGUAUCCGUCGGUAGCAAUAUCACACAAGGAGGAACAGGAAGCCAACCUGUGUCUACCAAUAAUUCGCAAGCACCGGGUCCUGCCAAUCCAAAUAUGUCAUCAGAAGGGUGGAAUGAGCCUGGAGGUGUUCAACUUUCAACGUUCAACUCACAAUCCUCAGCUCAUGCAUCUCCAGACCAAGAUCUCGAGAUAGCACCACUGGUGUCUCAAAUCCCCCUCGCAGCACCGCCAUCAUUAGAGAAUAGUAACACAACCACAGCACCACCACCAACACUAGAACCAACACUAACAUCGGAACCAACACCACCACCAACACCAGCACUGGAAUCAUCACCGGAACCAUCACCGGAAUCAUCAUCGGAACCAGCAGCGGAACCAGCGAUAAGACGGACAGGAAUUUGUGAGAGACUCCGUAGCUGGUGCUGUUGCAUUUCCGAAGAACCCGCCACAUAG